AUGACUUCACCCAAUGCAUGGCAUGCACUUGAAUCGGAUCCAGAUUUAUGGCGAAUAUAUAUUGAACAAUUAGGUGUCGAUGUUAGCUCACUUGACUUUAUCGAAAUCUACUCGCUUGACGAAGAUUAUUUGGCUGGCGAAAACAUAUAUGCUUAUAUUUUUCUUUAUCCAGAGAGUGAUGCAUUACCUGUUUCAAACGUGUCUCAAUCGUUGACGAACGAUAAAUUAUGGACCAUUAAACAGAUCGAUGAGUUAGAUAGUUGCUGUUGUCUUAUUGCUCUUCUUCACGCAAUUGGUAAUAAUUUGGAUAAAGUUAUAUUGAAGGCAAAUUCACCUUUGGCUGAUUUUUUUAAAAAUACUGAAAAUAUGACUGCUGAUGAACGGGCUAUAGUUUUGUUAAAUGAUCAAAAUAUUCAUGAAGCUCACGAAGAAACAGCUGAACAAGGUCAAACAGAAAUGAUUGAUAGUGGUAGAGUUGGCUAUCAUUAUAUAGCCUAUAUUGUAUCGAAUGGCAAUCAAUUAUAUGAAAUGAAUGGAAGUACAAAAGGACCACAUGCAAAAUUCAUCGGGGAAUUGAAUGACGAAAGUUUUUUUUCUCGUGUGACCCAAGAAGUAAAAGAAAAAGUUAGCGCACUUGAUGGCGAUAUUCGAUUUAAUUUGAUUGCAAUGGCAAGAAAACAAUAA